GUUUGAAAGCAUUUCUCGACACAAAUGUUGUGUGAAUUGAAUGACAACAAGAAGUGAAGGCAAGAGAAGUGACCACAAGAGUAGAAGAAUGGCAGAGAAUAUCUUCCUCUUUGUUCCCAAUGUGAUUGGUUUCGCACGAGUGGUGUUGGCGUUGAUGUCCUUUUAUGUGAUGUCUUCGCGCUAUGUCUUAGCGACCGUAUUGUACGGCAGUUCCGCUCUAUUGGACGCCUUCGACGGUAUGGCCGCCCGAAGACUCAACCAAUCGACCAAAUUUGGGGCCGUUUUGGACCAAUUGACUGAUCGUUGCGCCACAAUGUGUCUCAUUAUGGUUUUGUCGACUUUUUAUCCAAAAUAUAUGUUUUUAUUUCAAUUGUCGCUAAUUAUAGACAUCGCCGGCCAUUGGAUUCACAGUCAGACGAGUCUAAUGUUAGGCAAAACGAGCCAUAAGUCCAUCGAUUUAAACGAGAAUCCGAUUAUGCGUUUGUAUUACACAUCAAGACCUCUACUCUUCUUCAUGUGUGCGGGAAAUGAGUUGUUUUAUUCAUCUCUUUAUUUCCUUCACUUCACAAACGGACCCUUCGUUACGAUACUUAACAUACAUUUGAUACCACUGUUGGCGUGGGUUUCGGCGCCCAUCGCUGUAGUCAAGGCGUUGAUCAGUUGUUUGCAUGCAUUCAUUGCAGCCAUCAAUCUGUCAAUCAUUGAUGUGAACGAAAGACAAUCGGCGGCACAAAUAAGUGCCAAAAAAGAUUAAUCAAUGAAUCAAUAUUUUGGUCUAAAAUUUAUAUUUUUAUUUAUUGUGCCAAAGAGUUGAAUGGUUUGGUUUGUAAUCUAAUCUAUAAUUUAAGUUUUAGUUUAGUUGAGCCGUCAGUUUUGGCAAUUUAUCCUAUUUUAACAGAAAGUCAUUUAAAUUCAGUUGAAUUUCAACGAAGAUAUAAAUUAUUAUCAAAAAUGAUUAAUAAAUACAGUAAUAAAUACUUGAAUUAGUAAUAGAAAUGCAGUAAAUUGUAGUCAAAUAUAUAUACAAUCAUAAAAAUGUAACUUAAGUUAUAUUAAAGUUAAAUGUUUUGUGUGUAAUAACAUUGGAAAUAA